GAAGGGGAAAAACCCAAGAAACAGAGUACCUUAAAACAAGGAGGGAGACAUUUCAAAUAGUCAGCAGCAGCAGGAGCAGGAGCAGAAGCAGAAGCUGAAACAGAGACAGAAAAGAAAGAGAGAGAACAACCCCAAACCAAACGCAGAUCCCUCCAUUAUUAUAAUUUUCUAUUUCAUUAAAUGCUUAUUUAUUUAUUUUUCAAUAUAUUUAAUAUGUUGUUUAAUUAUUGAGGGCAACUCUAGGGUUUUACUUCUCUCUAGCCUGAGAAGUCUCUAGAACAAAGGCUCCCCUCAUACAUAGAUAAGCACACGCUCAAAGUAGAGACGCAAAAAGAAAGAGAGAGAGAGAGAGAGAGAGAGAGAGAGAGAGAGAGAGAUGGAAAGGGAAAGUGGAAGGAUGGAGAAGCCAAGGUGUUACUUGGAUAUCAGCAUAGGAGGAGAGCUCGAAGGGAGGAUUGUGGUGGAGCUCUAUAACGACGUCGUGCCUAAAACUGUUGAGAAUUUCAGAGCUCUUUGCACCGGCGAGAAAGGCAUUGGGCCUCACACUGGUGUCCCCCUCCAUUACAAGGGAUGUCGAUUUCAUCGAGUCAUCAAAGGUUUUAUGGUGCAAGGUGGAGAUAUCUCAGCAGGAGAUGGUACCGGUGGUGAAUCUAUUUAUGGCUUGAAAUUUGACGAUGAGAAUUUUGAACUGAAACAUGAAAGGAAAGGCAUGCUAUCCGUGGCCAAUGCUGGUGCCAAUACAAAUGGAUCCCAAUUCUUCAUAACAACAACCCGUACAUCUCAUUUGGAUGGGAAACAUGUUGUAUUUGGGAAGGUUGUUAAAGGAAUGGGAGUUGUUCGUUCAAUUGAGCACGUCAACACUGGUGAUGGUGACUGUCCUACUGUUGAUGUUAUAAUUGCGGAUUGUGGGGAGAUUCCUGCAGGGGCAGAUGAUGGAAUAUCAAAUUUCUUUAAGGAUGGUGAUAUUUAUCCUGAUUGGCCAGCAGACCUUAGUGAGAGUCCUAAUGAACUUUCUUGGUGGAUGGAUGCUGUGGAUUCUAUCAAGGCUUUUGGAAAUGAACACUACAAGAAACAAGACUAUAAGAUGGCACUCAGAAAAUAUCGCAAGGCUUUACGUUAUCUGGAUAUCUGCUGGGAGAAAGAUGGGAUUGAUGAAGAAAAGAGCUCUUCUCUGAGAAAGACAAAGUCACAGAUAUUCACAAACAGCGCUGCUUGCAAGUUAAAAUUGGGAGAUCUGAAAGGAGCAUUGUUGGACACAGAUUUUGCAAUGCGUGAAGGAGAUAACAAUGUGAAAGCUUUAUUUCGGCAGGGACAGGCACACAUGGCUCUUAAUGACAUUGAUGCUGCUGUUGAAAGCUUCAAGAAGGCCGUGCAGUUGGAGCCAAAUGAUGCUGGAAUAAAAAAGGAGCUUGCAGCUGCUAGGAAGAAGAUUAACGAUAGGCGUGAUCAGGAGAAAAAGCAGUAUCGGAAGAUGUUCCAAUAGUACUUACCUUUCCAAUUGGCUGCUGAUUCCUUAAAUGUUCAAAGCAUCAGAUUUCUUGUGAUAUUUCAUAGGGUGGUGGACUCAACUGGUUCAGGCCUUUUUUUGUUACAAAACUCUGUUAUUCUGGAGUGAGUAUUAGGUUUUGUUAGAGAGCAGGAGAAUCUUAGCAAAGUCAACUGUAAAAAUCAGAUGCUUGAACCAAUUCUUGUUAGAGUUUCCAUGGACGUUCAAUUAGGAAAGUAGGUUUAGUGAAACUUGAAACUGGUUUAUAUGGAGGAAUUACUACUUCUUGUUGUCAUGUUCCAGGAAAAAUUUGAGAAUAAAAGAAAAACGUUUUUGACUUUA